UUUUUUUUUUGAGGAAAAAUUAUUGUCAAAGAAGUGUGUGAAACAGUCAGCGAAAGAGAUGGCUGAGUUUUAGAGUUUGGCAUUUCGCAGAUUGUUAACGUUUAAUACCACCGAUGCUUCGAAAAAACGAGUUUUUUCUUGAGGCGUCUACGAUCGACAGACGUUGGAUGAAUUUACCCAUUAAAAAUUUCGACACGAGAGAGCAGGAUUAUUUUCUCGACAAGUGCCAUCGCAUACGGCUUGUAAAUUUAGUGAGACGUUUUGGCGUUUCUUGGAAUUUCUCUCUCAAUCUUUGACGAAUAUUGACAACUCAAAAGAGUUGGCGAUGGGAGAGAACGAGAAGGAAUUUGUCCUGCAAUGGGAUGGACAUGCAGGAUAUGUCACAGAACGAUUUAGUGGAUUAUUGGCACGUCAGGCACUCGUUGAUGUGACACUUAUUUGUGAGGAGCAAAAAUUACGGGUUCAUAAAUUGGUUUUAGCAUCGUGCAGUUUAUAUUUUGAGGAGAUGCUGGAACAAGAUCUUGGUCAAGAGCCAAUUAUAGUUCUCAAAGAUUUGAACUUUGAAGUAUUAAAAGCGAUGGUUGAGUUUAUGUACUGCGGGGAAACUACUAUCUCACAAAAAUAUUUACCUUCUCUGCUGAUAGCGGCAAGACUGUUCAAAGUUAAUGAAUUAGAAUUUAUAGCUAAGCAGAUAUCUGAAUCUCAAAAAGUUAACACUGGCUCAAGUAGUGAUAAGAUUUUCGAGGAUUAUACCGACGGUUCUGAAUUUAUAAAUAAAUUAGUGGAAAUUGACAGCGAUUGCGAGGAGAUUAUUCCCGAUACACAAAACAACAAUGAUUGUUAUGAUAUUAAAGAUAUCAGUGACACUGAAUCGGAGAAAGGACCAUCGAUGGAAUGCUGUAGUGCUAGUAAUGAUUCCGAAGCAGAACAUACACUUUACGGGGAAAUUGAUAAAAAUAUUUCCGAAGCAACAACGAAUGAAAUGGAACGUAUUUCUAAAAUAUUAAAAAACGAAAAAUCGUUACUUGACAACGAAUCAAUAAUGAUUGAAUGCGAUAAUGAUGAAGAGGAAGAUGACGAUGAUGAAGAUGAUAAUUCGAGUGAAAAAACAAAUUACGAAGAAUGCUGUGAUUAUUCAAAUGACGAGAGUCGAAAAUCGUCACAACAACAAGACGAGACUGACGAACGUUAUUCAUCUGAUAGUACAGACGUGGGGAAUAAAGUUGGACAAUGUUUGAAAGUUUACACACACAAGAAACGUAAGAGCAUUAAUAAAAUUCGUAAUCAUUUAUUACAAUUCAAUGAAUUAUUACCAGAAUUACCAACGACGAAAAGUAUCGAUUUAUUAAACGACUCGUCGAGUGAUGAGACUUCCCUCAACAUUGAAAAUUCCGAAUAUGUCUCAAGUUUGACGAGUGAAAAUAUCCAGUCAAUCGUUGGUUGUACACUAAAUGAAUUCAAUUUAAUAGAUAGUGAUAACGAACUGUGUAAUGGUUUUUUUCCAAACAACGUCGACAAACAAUACGUAGUCGACAGUCACAAGGAAAUAAGAAAAGUCGAAUUCUUCACCGAAUACGAGAAUUGUAGUUUAAGAAAACAGCCAAUUUUACGAAGAAGCGUAAGACUUAGUCAACAAGAAUCCGAAGAGUCAAUCGACGAUUUUCUCGGUAAAACAAAAAAGCACAAGAUUCGUAUUGUCGACAGGGAACGUUCAACGAAUAAAGUUAAUAUAUUUCCCAAGAAAAAACGUAAACGACACUCUGAAACCACAGUGUCAAAUACAAAACAUAAUAGAACUCUACGCAAAACAACGAAAUUAGGAAAAUAUCGAACACGAACAAAAUUAGAGACAAAAGAAGACAAGGAAAAAGUGAAGAAUGAAAAAGAGGAGAAUUUCGCCCAACAAUUAAAUACAAUAGCAACUGUUAAUCGUGCCCUAUGGGGUGAUAUGACAGACAUUAGUCUCGCAAUUAAUGGUAAAGAUUCAAUGGAAUGUUCUUCGCCGAGUAUGGAAAUUCCAUUUGCCGUUGGUCUAUUGCCAUUGAGAGCGGCACUUGAAAAAAUGCAAGCAAUGCCUGAUUAUCAACCGAGAAAAACAAGAUCAUCAGUUGCACCCGCCAAGCAGGAUUUAAAUCACAAGAGAAAAAUUAAUAAUUGUGAAAUUGCAAAUAACUCGAAAAAAAAUAUUGCCAGUGAGAGUAUAAUUAAGGAAAAUGCUAAAACAGUUUGUCACAUUGAAAUUCGUACAGCAUCACAGUGCUCUCGUAGUCGAAAACGAUCGCUAUCCGAUUGUUCUAGUGUAGAACCAACUGCCAUAGCAGAUAAACAAUAGCAACAAUAAUUUUCAAGUAUGAGCUUUAUAUUAGUCUUAUUUUUUUUUCUCUUUAAAUUAUUUCAAACACAAGACGCAUUCUUAAUUUUCAAAAACGAAAAAAAAAAUUUUUUCCACUUUUGAACUUGUAAAUAUUAAUUUUAAUUUUCAUAAACAAAUUUACAAUGAUACGUUAAUUAGUAUAAAGAGAUGUGAUCAAUUUUAUAAGCAUUUUCCUGAAAAUUUUUUAAUUUUUUGUGCAGCUGUCUUAGAAAACAAUUAGUGAAUUUAAAGACACUAUUAAUAGUCCGAAAAUUGUUAAUUAAUCGCCAAUUUAUAGUUAAUUAACAAUUUUCUAUUUUUUCUACCUGAUAGAGAAGAGUUUUCGAAGUAAACACUCGAAAUAUGUUAUUAAGUUAAAAAUUCUAUUUUUGUUAAAUAAAAAAAAAGACAAAAAAAAAAGUAAUUUUAUUUUUUUAUAAUUUAUUAUAC